UCAGACCAGAGCCGCUCUUGUCCGCCGGGUGGAGUUUGAAUCAGUCCGCGACACAAAGCCCAGGGAUGGAGGUGAGUGAGGAGCCGCUGCAACGUCGCUGGGACUCCGCGUGACUGGAGAUCCGUUCACUACUACGUCCGGACCGUUGGACACUGAGCUGCAGGGACCCCCUGGCUCUUCACCAGACAAGCGAACCAUCUGCUGCACACACUUUUUCUUUGUUUACAUCCCUCUCACCAGAGGGAGGCUCCGCUCAAAUAACAAACAUCUGAUAAAGAGGCCAUCAUUGCACCGCAGCAGCUGUAAAGACUUUAUCUUCCUUUUCCUGGAAUUGAAAUCAACCAAAGAUCACUAAACCAGCUCAUGGUGAAAAUAAUGAAAUUCAGUCAUUUUGCCCAAGAGGGCGACGCCAAGAUGGAGACUUUUAUAUUUAUUGAUUAUGUGUUCAGCACCAGGAGAAGCUCCGUCCCGUAGUUGUCUUGAUGAAGCCCUUUUUCUGACAAUAGAUCAGGGCCACUUGCCCUGAGUGGAGGUGGACUGUUGCACCUCCUCUACCACCGGCUGUGCUCAUUGAUUGCAGCUAUUUAAUAGAUAUAAUUUACCUCCUGACGUCAACAUGGAGCUCUUCUUCAACCCCUUUGACAACCUGGUGUGUAUCCUGCUGGGCAUCUCCUUCACCGUGUGGUUCACCCUGCUGCUGGUCUUCAUCAUCGUGCCUGCCAUCUUAGGGGUGUCCUUUGGCAUCCGGCGUCUGUACAUGAAAACAUUGUUAAAGAUUUUUGAGUGGGCCACACUCAGGAUAGAGAGAGGAGCGAAAGAAAAUAAUCACCUCUUAUACAAACCCUACUCAAACGCAAUCAUUGCAAAGGAGCCCACCUCCUUGGAGCAGGAGAUCAAGGAGAUCCGGCGGAGCGGCAGCAACAGAGACCUGGACUCUGCCUCUGAGUUUGAGAUGUCGGACAUCUUCUAUUUUGCUCGGCGAGGAGUGGCGAGCAUCAUGGACGAUGAGGUGACUAAGCGGUUCUCUGCUGAGGAGUUGGAGUCCUGGAAUCUGCUGACCCGCAGUAACAACAACUUCCACUAUAUCAGCCUGAGACUGACCGUCCUAUGGGGGCUGGGCCUGCUGAUCCGCUACGGGUUCCUGCUGCCUCUUAGGGUAACUCUUGCCUUCACUGGUGUAGGCCUCCUUGUGUUCCUCACCUGUGUUAUCGGUCUGCUGCCGAAUGGAAGGAUGAAAAAUCUUCUGAGUAAGAAAGUCCAUUUGAUGUGCUACAGAAUAUGUGUCAGAGCUCUGACGGCCAUCAUAACCUACCACGACAGUGAGAAUAAACCUAAAAAUGGCGGCAUCUGUGUCGCUAACCACACCUCGCCCAUUGAUGUCAUCAUCCUGGCCAGCGACAGCUGCUAUGCUAUGGUCGGCCAAAUUCAUGGUGGCCUGAUGGGUGUCAUUCAGAGAUCUAUGGUCAAGGCCUGCCCACACAUUUGGUUCGAACGUUCAGAAGUCAAAGACAGACAUCUAGUGGCCAAAAGAUUGAGUGACCACGUAGAGGAUAAAACUAAACUGCCCAUUCUGAUUUUCCCAGAGGGUACCUGCAUUAACAACACGUCAGUCAUGAUGUUUAAGAAGGGCAGUUUUGAGAUUGGUGCCACAGUCUACCCCGUGGCCAUCAAGUAUGAUCCCCGAUUUGGAGAUGCCUUCUGGAACAGCAGCAAGUUCGGCAUGGUGAACUACCUGUUACGUAUGAUGAGCAGCUGGGCCAUCGUCUGCAGCGUGUGGUACCUCCCACCCAUGUCCAGAGAGGAGGGAGAGGAUGCCGUACAGUUUGCCAAUCGUGUAAAGGCAGCCAUUGCAAGGCAAGGGGGUCUGGUCGACCUCCUGUGGGAUGGAGGACUGAAGCGCGGAAAGGUAAAAGAAACCUUUAAAGAAGAACAGCAGAAACUGUACAGUAAAAUGCUGGUGGGGACCCAGGAAGACCGCAGUCGCUCCUGAAACCCAUUGAUGGAGGAGGAGGACUGGCUCAGAGACCCAUGCACACACCUCUGACUGUGUGUAGGCAAUCAGUGGGGCUCGCUCUCUACACUCCUGGACUGGAAAAGUUCCCUCUCAGAUGUCAACAGUGCUCCAUUUGGCUUCCUCGGUCACUGCCUCAGCCUGGCAUGUUCAGUUUGCACCGCGGCUACGGCUCUUUCUCAGUCUGCUGCCUUCUGUUGGAGCAGCUUGACUGAGGCCUUGCUUGCGUUAGAAAUAAAAAAUGAGUCUUGUCUUCCUCGGUGGCAGCCUUUUGAGGGAAAACAUUAUUAUUAUUAUUAUUAUUAUUAUUGAGAUCCUGUCUUUGUUUGAUAGUUUUAACUUUUUAAUUUCAUUUCACCAAUGGAUUUCUGUUGCAGACAAGCUCUUGUUUCUGUUUUUUGGUGGGUUUUUUUUCCACAGAAUGUUGAAAGACGUCACAUUAUGAAGUAGAAAUUGUUCACCCACUGUUACUGAUGGAGGUUAAUGGACUGAGGCACAUGUUCCUGUUCCAGUUAAAGGGAUUAUAGUCCAUUAAUAAAGAAUUUAUUUUAAUGCUUUUAGCAUUGUCAACAUGGGAAAAUUACCAUCACGAUUGGUCUCCUGACCCAAACAGUUACACGUUCCUACUAAUACACUUCCUGGUAUUGGCUUUCUGCCUUUGCAGAGAACAUCUCGCCUAAUUUAUUUCAACUGAACUCUAAAAUCUAUUGUCUUAAUCAUCCCCGCCCCUCAUUAGUGAUCUUUCUCGUCCGCGGCCUCUCCAGGGAGGUUUGAAGGAAAGUCUGAGUGCAGCUGUGGUUCAGACUCCUCUUUUAGGCCCAGGAACAUGGCGGAAGGCUUCCUGGGUUCCUUCUUGAGGCGUUCACCCCUCUAGUUGGCUGUUAUCAGGGAUUGUCAAUUAGAUGAUGUCCAAUCUGUUAAUGAAAAUAAAUGUUCAAGAAUGUGACUAUA